UACAUAUUCGAAAAUGAUCAUUGAUCCGAAUGAGAAUGAGAAUGGAGUAAAUGAUUGAUGAUCAAUGGAUGGACAAAUGAAUGUUGGUUGUUUUUGUGAUCGUAUGAAUGAUAUUAAAAAAUUUUUUUCAACGGUACAGUUUCAUCGCGAACUCUGUGACCUUUGCCAGCCUGUUUGGUCUUGGUGACUUUAUCGAACAGCAAAGAGAGCGGUACGAUAUUAAACGCCAUAAGAAAUGCAAUUUACAAAUGAAACCGUAUAAUUUUCGACGGACUCUAGACAUGGUGAUAAUUGGUGGUUUGUUAAGUCCUUUUAUUCACUAUUGGUACGUUGUCUUGGACAAAAUGAUAAUCGGUAACAUUCAUUCAAUGGUGUUAAAGAAAGUUGUUGCUGAUGAAGUGGUAAUGUCACCUGUCCUUGGGGUUGCUUUUUUGGGCGGUAUGGCAAAAUUAGAAGGACAAUCUUUUGAAAGAUGUUGGAAUGAAGUGAAGCUUAAAUUUUGGCCUAUGUACAAGAUGGAUUUGUCUGUUUGGCCAGCAGCACAAGCAGUGAAUUUUUAUGUUAUUCCAGGACAAUAUCGUGUUGCAUAUGUCAGCUUUGUUACCUUGUUAUGGAAUGUAUUUCUAUCUUACAUAAGUCAUAAGAAAGAAGAUGAGAUAACAAAAUAAGCUAGGGAUCAUUCAUUACGAGGAGAGAUAACUGGACAAGUUUGCGAGAAUAAAUUCACCUGGAAUAGAUUUAGAAAACUCUAUUCUUUUAACAACUUGUUUUAUUUUACUAUACAUUUUGCGAUAUUCGGCCAGCAUGGGAUAUUUAAUGUAUUUAACACAAACGCAAGAAAUACUGAAGAGGUCCACUCAACUUUCCAAGAAAUCUUUACUUACCUAGUUGUAGUAAUUUUUCAAAAGCUGUAUUUUAAUCGUGGUCCAUGAAAAAGUGAAAUUUCCAUUUUCAUUUCAAAGUGAAAUUGUCAAGACCUUGGUCAAGCACGUACACAGUACUGUUUUUACUUUAACCAUGUUUUACAACAGUUUUAAUUAACAUAACCGUCCAAUCAGUCUCAGACCUUAAUUUACCGAACAGAGAACAUUUCUAAACAUCAGCAGGCGAAAUUUUAUAAAAAAAAGCGCUUAUGCAAGGCCGCAAGCACUUCAACGCGGCGAAAGCUCCUAGAAUUAGCGGCUAGGCUUGCUACGGCCAUGUCAACCCUUGCUGAGACAAUAUCAGUUCAAAGGAACAGCACUGACUUUUUUCAAAAUUUGUACAGAUAAUGUAGAACAUUAUUCUACAUCUUUUUGUGUUUUUCCCAAGUGUCAUCAAAGUUGAUGAAGAUGAUGAAAUCAUUGAUAAAUA